CUGGGUGGGCUUCUGCUCCUGGUAUCUCCGAAAUAUCUUCGCCUUUUCCCACCAAGGUUACAAGGAGCUGUGAUUGACUCAGCCGGGUGAAAUAGCAACUUGGCUAUCCUCUAAAAAUAGACCACAUUUUUCAUCUUCCCAACAUAGCUCAGAGCUCCCAGAUAUAAUCCCCUUGCAAGUGGCCAGCAAGAGAUUUGAGCCAGGCUGAAGAUACAGAAGAGCGGAGCAGGUUUUCUUUUUAGAGAGACCCUGAGAACGAGAAGACCGAGAUUGGGAUUUGGGACUAAGCGACUUCGUUCCAGAUUUCUGGGUUCCCUCUAUGAAAAGUUCCCAAGAGUUUUAGCUGCAUCUGAUAACAGAAGCCACGUGUUUCCUCAAGGAGAAGGAUUCUCCCGGUCUCUCUCGGUCAAGGAUCGAUCUGCCCUCUAUCUCUCCCAAGUAGCAGCAGCUGCUGUUUAUCCCUCCAACUGUCCGACAGAGCGGAAUUUCAUACACCAGAUCCCUUAUAAUACUCUCGAUAACCAGUAAGCAAGCAGAGAUGGCAGACACUCAGCAUGAAAGGACUACUGGUGCAGAUGAGAAGAAAGCAGUGGAAGACCUGCCUCUUCCUCCUCCUCUUCCUCACCUCCAGGACUCUCCUGCUGCUCCAGGGACACCGGAUUCCGGUUCUCUUCCUUUACCUCCACCUAAAGAAUCCUUCUCCAAGUUCUACCAGCAACGCCAAGUAAAUGAGUUGAAAAGACUUUACCGCCACAUGCAUCCUGAGCUCAGGAAAAACCUGGAAGAAGCCGUGUCAGAAGACCUGGCAGAAAUGUUGAGUCCAGAUGACCCGAAUGAGCCAGUCAUGGCGACUCCAGAUGUGGUGGUUCCAGGCGAAGUUCAAUCCAUGCGUUGGAUCUUUGAGAACUGGUCCCUGGACUCCAUUGGGGAACGUCAAGCUGCUAAAAACCUGGCUGAGGACGAAGCCAACCCAAGUGGAGAUGUAAAGAACAGGUCCAUGAAGUUUGAAAGCCAGCCUUCUCAUGGAGACGGGCUGCUCACUUCAGCCAAAGCAUCGGAACUACAAGAAACUAAAGGAGACGUACAUACUGCUCGGUGGUUAUUUGAAACUCAACCUUUAGACUCUUUAAACAAAAUGUACUUGGAUGAGACAGAUGUUCAAGAAACACUUCUGAAGGAGCCUGUUGAGAGAGGGAAUGUGAAAGGAGCAGCACAACUUUUUGAAACUCAUUCCUUAGAAGCUUUGGGUCACUGCAACUCUGUGGAGGAGGAGAACAUCCUGCAGCUGAAGUCAGAAAUUCAGGAACUCAAAGGCGGUGUCAAGAAAACCAUCAAGCUUUUCCAGACUGAACCCAUCUGUGCUCUCCAGGAUAAGACAGGAAGCAUUCAUGAGAUCAAGUCCAUCUGUAGAGAAGAAACACAGACCAACUCAGUGAAGAUAGCUCGGUGGCUGUUUGAAACCCAGCCAUUGGACACUAUCAACAAGGAUACUUCCAAAGUGCAAGUUAUUCGUGGAAUAUCUCUAGAGGAAACUGCCAAGGGAAAUGUCAGUGGAACAAAAUGGGUGUUUGAAACUCAACCUCUAGAUGCCAUAAGGGAAUUCACAGUGUCCGAAGCCGAUUUCAAAGCGUCUCCAGAUCUAAUCCAAGGAGCUGAUGUUAGCAAACAGUGCCUACUUUUUGAGACUCAACCUCUUGACAGUCUGAAAGGUGAAUUCUCCAGCAGCCCUCCAGCUAAGGAAGAAGUUAUCAAAGGGGACGUGAAAUCAACCCUCUGGUUAUUUGAAACACAACCUAUGGAAACCCUGAGGGAUCAUUUUGAAGUUGGACAUUUAAAAAAAGUAGAGCUUUCAAAAGAUGAGAAAGGAGCUGUGAAGCAAACAAAGCAUCUUUUUGAGACCUGCCCUUUUGGAAGCAUCUCAAAAUCUCCAGAUGAAGAUUUCUGCACUGCACCUGUCCAGGAGGUAGAGAAAGGGGACGUGAAAGCAUUCAAGAGCCUCUUUGAGACACUUCCUCUAGAUAGCAUCAGGCAAGUCAGCACUGAGGAGGUUACCAAGGAAGAAGAAGACAUCCUUUCUGGGCAGGUGAGAAGCAAUCAUCUCCUGUUGGAAUCAACACCUUUGUACGCCAUUAAGGACAGCUUUGGCCACUUCCAUCAGGUCACAUCUGUAAGUAGAGACGAAGAAGUGACCAGUGGAGGUGUGAAGAACUACAAAUGGAUGUUUGAAACCAAACCUUUAGAUGAGUUUGAUGGGAGCAUCCAAAAAGUGGAUGUGAUCAGGGGCAUCACUAAGCAGGAGAUCAUGGCUGGAGAUGUUCAGACAGCCAAAUGGCUCUUUGAAACCCAACCCAUUGAUGUCAUCCACAGCCAAGUCAACCAAGAAGAGCAGAACAUUUCUGAGAAAAGGGAAGUUUCUCAAGGAGGAGAUGUAAAGACUUGCCGGUGGUUGUUUGAGACACAGCCAAUUGAUGCCCUAUGUGAGAAAGAUGAGAUGAAGGAGAACCAAGAAGACCCUGUGCCUCAAGCUGAUGUCAAAUCAUAUACAUGGAUGUUUGAAACUCAACCUCUGGAUACCCUGAAAGGUCAAGAAGAACAACACUUACAGAUCAGAAAGACCUCCCGCCAGGAGGAAUUACAAGGGGUAGAUGUGAAAACUGCCCGGCACCUCUUUGAAAUGGAACCUCUUUCCAGUAAUAUCCCUGGAAAUAGCCAGAAAAUAAUCAGGUGCUCCAGCCGGGUGGAGAUACAGUCUGGAGAGGUGUCCAGAGUAAAAGAGUUCUUUGAAGCCAAACCUUUAGAUACUGCAGCUAAACCAUGGACAGUCAUAAAAGAAAGCCCAGUAGAUGGGAACAUUGAACCUGGAGCUGUGCCCAAGUUCACCUGGCUUUUUGAAAACUGCCCCAUGGACACCUUGAAGAGCAGUGCUGAGAGUCUCCAAGAGACAACUCUGGAAAAGAACAUUCAAGGUGGAGAUGUUGGGGGCAAAAGAUUCAUUUUUGAAACCUUCUCUCUCGAUCAGAUUCAUGAAAAAGAGAAUGAGGCACUAAUCCAAAAAGUCCAUGAAGAAACAUCAGAAAAAGCCAAUGUCAACUGUUGUAUUAUGCUGUUUGAGACCCAGCCCCUUUAUGCUAUUCAGGACAGAGAUGGGGGAUACCAUGAAGUGACUUCGGUGAAGAAGGAAGAAGUCAUAAAAGGUGAUGUGAAAGGCGCCCGAUGGCAAUUUGAGACAAAACCAUUGGAUCAGAUCAAGAAAGAUGAUGAGGUCUUUGUGAUCCGAGCUGUAACGCAAGAAGAUUUCAAGAAAGGAGAUGUCCAAUCAGCUAGGUGGAGAUUUGAAACAGAGCCUCUUGAUUCCAUUGCUGAAGAAAAGAAGCCUACCUUGAAGAGUGUUGAGGACAUACAGAAGGGAGAUGUCCAAUCGAACAAGCAACGUUUUGAGUCAGAACAACUCAGCCAAAAGAAGUACGUGAGGAUGGUUAGCGUCAGUGAUGUCCAGCAAGGGGAUGUAAGGACAUCCACCUGGCUUUUUGAAAAUCAGCCCAUGGAUUCCUUGAAAGGAGACUCUGAAGGUGCCAGCAACUUGACCACAGUCCAGAGAGAAGAUAUCCAUAAAGGAGAUGUCAAACGCUGCACUUGGCUCUUUGAGACUCAACCAAUGGACAGACUCAGAGAUACAGAGGCUUCAAUAAGCACAGAGUCCCUGAAAGGGAUUCCUCAGGCCUGUGUAAAAAGCACUACAUGGUUGUUUGAAAGUACCCCCUUGGAUAAAUUCAGCUCUCUUCAACGCGGCAGAGAAAUAGAGGCGAAAGAGAGGACAUCAACAGAUACUUUGGAACUGUUGUUCUCCCAUCAACUGAUCCAAAAGAAUGGCAUCCUUAUUGAAGCCAAUAACAUUGAGGGUAUCAAGAUGGCGACAUAUCAGCUUAGUAACCAGGAAGCCCCCCAAGUCCAAAAGGAAAAGAUUGUAGAAGACAAUUUGCAUAUGAUCUUGUUGCAAUUACUUCAGAAUAGCAACUUGGAGGCCAGCGGGUUACUAGUGAGAGAAGAGGACAAUGGAGCUAUCAAAAUUACUCCCAUACAGCUGUUGGACACUAACAAAGCUGAAAAAAGCAAAGAGGACAUGAGGAAUGACAUGGCAAGGAGUCUUCAAGAACUUCUUAACCAAGAGAUCUCAGUUAAGAAAGGAAUAGUUAUGCAGGAGACCGACACAGGAUCAACAAAGGUGAUUAUUUAUUCUCUCCAUCAGUGGGUGGCUGAACAGCAUACAUUUGUUAAAGGCGAUGUAAAGUCAGUGAUCGGGAAUCUUCUGACUUCUUCACAAGAGCAGAGAACCACAGCAACCGUCAGACGAGAGGAUAACGAGAAGGGGAACGUCCAAUUGUACACUCGCUGCAUCGAGAAGGGAGAUCUUGACUACUUAAAGAACCUACAGAGGGACUCAGAAAUAGAAUCGCUAGUUUCUUCACAAGCAAAAGAAGAACCGCCAAAAAUUGGGCAAGAGAUCACAGCAUCAACCCUGGUGCAGAACAAGGAAGAUGUGGUGACAGCAGAUGUGAUCCAAGGGAAUCACAAGUCUGCUGAGCAAGCAUUCUUGUGGAAGACCCAAGAAGAUGCAUCAGAAAGAGAAACCCCCAAUGCAAAUAAUCAAAGUUACACUCCCUGUCAUUUGGUACACUGUGGGACCCCAUCACCAUCCAAAGAAAACAUAGUUCCUCCACCUGUCACAUUGCCAUUCCAGCUGGUGGAAGGAGCCCAAAAUAGUGGCCAAAGAACACCAGGACAACAAAUAAUUCUGGUAGAUGGAAAGGAAAGAACAUCCGUACAAGUGGCAGAUCAGAAGAUGGUUGAAGUUCUCCACGGUUUUAAGGCAGGAGAAAUCAACUCAACAACAGUUCAAUCCCCAACACAGGUUCCUGGGAACGAUUUUCAAGCUGCAAUGCACAGCCUAAGGAAAGCUACAGCAGAAGCCAAAACUCUGCAGCAGCAAGUGCAAAGUAAGCUGCAAAAGAUGACCGACAACAUGCAACUGUGCGGCACCCAACCCUGCGCAGCAACGUUGCAAAGCACAAUACCUAAAGAAGGCUGUGAGGCUAGCAAGCAACAGCCAGGUAGCAAUGUGUCCUCUUCAAGAAGGCAGGAGGCAUUCCAGCCUGGUGUCAGUCUGUCUCAGAAGAGCCCGGCAUCCUUACCCCUAAAGGUCAGUGACCCUGAGGACGGACAGGGAGGGACAAAGCCUACUGGGGCCCAUCAAGUUGGCCAAGUGUUACCUAGGGCAGAUCUUAGUAUUAAGGAUGGCCUUUACGCAGCCAAGCCCGUGAAGUCCUAUGUAAAUCCAUUCCUUGAAUCAGACUACCAAGAGCACUCCGUUCCUGAAGAACGUGAGGAAGACGUUAUAAUCAGAGGGGAUGUAAAGACAGCUAUCAGAGCCCUGCAGAAUGCUGCCACUGAGCAGAGACAAGUUGAGAAAGAGGACGUGGUCUGCGGCAACUUAAAAGCCGCACUCAAGUCUCUGGAGAAGUCUAAUGUUAAUGUGUCCCAAGGGGAUUUUAAAGCAGCCAUGAUAUACAGGAAUGCAGGGCAAUCUCAUUCCAUGGGUAAAAAGAAACAGGAGGUUGAAUGUGUUAGUGACCAGACAGUUACUGUAGCCCCUGCAGGCUCCCGAGAUGUUAAUGACUUUCCUCCUCCUCCUCCUCCUCCUCCUCCUCCUCCUCCUCCUCCUCCUCCAGCUUCACUGAUGAGACCGGAUGUCCAUGCAGCCUCAUCCCAACCAAGACAGGCUGAAGGUCGUUGCUGUUCCCCAUCCAUGCAGCCAUGUGACCUCAAAACUCCCUUGUCUUCCCCAACCAAAACUAGUCAUCAGAGACCUUCAGAGAAACCACAACUGCCACCCAAGCCUGAUGUGAUCGCCCCACCAAGGAAAAAGCCUGUGAUCCCCCCAAAACCAGAAUUCCUUUUGAAGGAGGGACCCCUCCACCCUGCUGGUGGCAACAGAGGGCAACUAGGAAAGACACCUCGGCUUCCUUCUCCUUCCAAGUCUCCCACCUUGAUUGAACAGAACAAGCCAUGUGGAGCUGAGAUUUGGGGACAAUCGGAAUGUAAAGAGGAUUCAGCUACAUGUCCUUCACACGCAGUGACCAAUGUUGAGGACAUCAGUGUUGAGAAGAAGUCAAUAAAAGAUAUCACAAAGUUGCCUCUGCAGGAUGAAGAAGAUAAAUCUAAGGCAAGGAAAGAGAAGAGAGCCAGAGUGGACUUGACUGGCCACAGCUCUUCAUUAGAGGCAAUAAAAACUGGAUUGGAUAAUUCUCAAGAAGGGAAUUGUUAUCUAGCCAAAGACUUUCAAGAGAUCCAGGAGACAUCUCAAGAAGAAAAGAGAGGUGCCUUAUCUGAGAAGCAAGAUCCUCUCACACCUUUUGAAUGCCAAAUGAAUCUUCCUAACCUAGAAGUUCACAGGAAGCCAUAUUUGUCUGCCAAAUGCCAUGCCAAUGUUCUGAGGAAAGGAACAGUCAUGACACAGGUCAUAUCAUCCAAGUCAGGAACAACAAGCAUGGAAUCACAGACAGACAGGCCAGCAUCUGCUCUUUUGGUGUCCUCAGAUUUAGAAGGCAAACAGGUUUUAACAAGACCUCAGAUUGCAAACAGUGGUAGCUCAAGAGAUCCAGAAAUAAAGAAUGACUGGGAUACAGAGAAGGGAAAUCUGGUAGUGGUCAUGAGGGAAAAGGUUGGCAAAGAAACUGAAGAAGAACGUCGCAAGAGAUUAUCCGUCCAUAAAGAGGAGAUCAUGAAAGGAAACGUCAAGGAAGCCAUGGAGAUAUUUGAAAACUUAAGGAAACAGGAAGCUCUAGAAGAAAUCUUAACUCAAGUGAAGGAGUUUGAAGAGGAGACCUCAAAGGUGGAUGUCAAAGCCUUGAGAAAUCUCUUUGAGAAUGUGCCCGAUUGGGUGGUAGAUGAAAAGCCACAGCAGACAAAACAGCCCAAAGUAGAGAAAGCUGAACAGUUGAAGGAACUUAGAGAAGAUUUAGAGAGUGUAUCAUCGGUGGAGUUAGCUUUUGAAGAUCUGGAGCGAGCCAGUGCUGAAAUUGUUCAUUUGAAGGAGCAGACCCUAAGUAGACUCCUGGAUAUUGAAGAUGCCAUUAAGAAAGCUCUAUUUUCCAUUUCUAGUCUCAAGUCUGAAUCAGACAUAGCUGGACUUUCAGGUCUUCUGAAGGAAUCACUUGAAAAUUCUCAAAGUCUUGCAGCGGGGAACAACAUCCGCAAAAUCAGUAUUAUAUCCAGCAAAGCCAAACAAGAAAAAGGGACAUGGGAAGGAGAGAAGGUGGCUGAUCAGCACAAGGUACCCAAAUUCUCCCUUGAACUUCCGCAUGUGAUUCAGCCACGAUCAAGUUCUCCUUCUUCUCCGUCCUACAUCUCCAUUCAAUCUGCUGCACGGAAAAGUACAGAAUCACCCCAAAUUGUGCCUUUAGUUUCACCUCACCCCAUGGAAGCGGCCACUGAAAGAGAGACAUUCUCUCCCAAUCUUUUCAGCUCCUUGCCAAGUAAACCAAUGAGAUCCGAUCCCUACAGCAGGACUGUCAGUGAAGGGAAUCAGGAGGUCAUCCAAAUUAAAACAGGAGGAAGUUUGAUUAAACAGCAACAGCUCAGCAGUCCUGGACAUUUGGCUCAACAGCUGAACACUAAUGGCACCAAGGAAAAGGAUACAGUCCAAGGGGGAGCUUCUUCUGAUUACAACUCCAAGACUUCUUUAAGUGCUUUAAGUCCCUCCAAUCCUAGGAGACAGAAGAGUAUUCUAGAAUUGCAAACAAGCCAUGAUGGAUCCAAACUCUAUGGGGCUACCCGGACAGUGACUGAGCAAUAUGAGGAGGUAGAUGAAUUUGGAAACAAAAUCAUCACAUCGUCCACAACCGUCACCAAACAGUCAGAGACUCAGACUUCCUCCACUUGUGAUAUGGUGUCUUGCCCAACUAGAUAUGAAGUGACAGCUUCUCCGAUACUUCGUCGAUAUCUCAACAGCCCAGCCAAUUUCCCUUCAGGUGAUGGUCACCAAGAAACAGGGGUGGUCUUUGUUACCUUUAGCAACUCCAAGCCAGUGAAGAAAUAAGCAAACGUCCUUGAACUGAGCUGUUGAGGUCAACAAGGUCAUUGAGGUUGACCAUUUAGCAUUCAACCACUUUGAUUGGAUUUAAAAAGGACUCUGCUGAUUGAAACCCAUAAGCAAUGUUCUUAUUCUUGUGGCCAUUGCUCUUUUUUAAAGAAAGAAUGGAAAAAACUCUUUGCCCUCCAAAUAAUAGUCUUAAUGUUGGGCAUGAGUCUAAGAUGUUCCUUCAAAGCUAAAAAAGCUGAAGAUUAAAAGGACUUCCAACUCAACAGAAAUCCAAGUUUCUAGUUCCAGAGAGAGAGAAAAGAAAAAGACCAAACUAAAAAAUAAAAUACAUAGAUGGCUGCUUUCAAAACCAUCUUUCACAGCUGAAGAUGUUUGCCUUAGAUAUUCAUCUCAUCAGUGACAAAUUAUGGUCCUCAAAUAGCAAUUCAACCUUUUGAAGGUUGAUUUUUUUUUAAUGCGUGUCUUUAGGUCAGUCUCAAUUCCUAGCAACUGCCUGAAUUAGUUCCUGAAUUUUCCCCAGCAACAUUUUUGGAAGUGGUUUGCCAUUGCCCCUUUCCCAGGGCUGAGAGAGAGUGACUGGCCCAAGAUCACCCAGCUGACUUUGUGCCUGAGGUGGAACUAGAACUCACGAUAUCCUGGUUUCUAGCCUUGUGCCUCAACUGUUACACCAAACUGGCUGUCCUUUUGAGAAAUAUACUAAUUUUCUGGCCCUUUUUGCUAUUAGCCUGACAAUUUGCUUCUCUGUUUUUCUUUUUUGUACUUCAAGAGAAAUUUCCCAAAUUCUUUCUCUGAUAGAGAUACAUCACAAAAUGAGUGUGGGGAAUACUCCCCAAAUGGAAGUAGAGAGUUUAUCCCUUUUAUUACACUUUUCAUUGGGCAGAUUUGUUAGCACUAUUUAUCAAGAGUUACAUAUUAGAGAAAAUUACAGAAUUUUAAGAAUUUUCUUCACUGCAGUCCCCGCUGAUGAAAAACGGGGAACAUAUUUUCUAGUUAAACAAGGAAAGCAGUUAAACAUAUUGAUAAUGAUUUUAUUAGCCUCUUUUUUAUUUUAGGAUUGUAAUUUAUUGAUUGUUACUAUGUAUUUUACUCUAGAGCCUCUUGCAACCACCUUUAAGUCAAUUAUAUAAAUUUUAUUAUGCCUUUUUUGUAUAUUCUCAACCAAACAUUUUAGAUAUCCUGUGGGUUUUUUUUUUAACCUGCAUAUAAAAGAUAAACAAUGACUUCUGAAAAA